AAAGUGCUCCUCAGACUCAGUCGUCCGCUUACACUUUUGAAAUUUGUCAAGUGUUUUCUUUUGGAUAAAUUUCGAGAGCUACGUUUGUCAUUACUUGCUUUUCAACAUAUUACUGUAGUGUUUGCCAAACAUUUCCUAGCUUACCUCGCUCUCAGCGCUCUCAGCUGUUGUUGGCUCGCUUUCAAUUUAGCCGGCUCAUUAAAUAAUUUCAUUUCGUUGGCCACACUGGCGUUCCCCUCCUACGAUGGAGUUUUUCUCCCAAAGCAAGAAAAUGAAUUUAUUCACCAGGUUUUGGAUGAGCUCGAAACAUACCAAAAGAGGUGCCCCCAAAGUGUACUCCUUUUCCCACCUUUACCCAGCAGACUACGAUACCUGAUCCACAAGACAAUUGAGGACCUGCCUGAGCUUACCACGUUCUCAGUGGGUGAGAGCAAUUGUCGUAAGGUGGUCGUUUGCCCUUCAGAGCUGAGAGGCGAGGCUCAAGAAGAAGACAUUGACACAGAGAGCAACUCCAACUUGGAUGAAGAAGCUGUAAGAAGUAGUGAACGUAAAUCUUCUAGCCAGUCUCGAAUCAGAGCACCCAGGAGGCCAGACAAGGCACUUUACACCCCAAGAGCUGCUCGUCAGAGUCAGUUGAGCCAAGACUCUGAAGUAUCCGUAGAUGUCCAGCAGCCAACCACUUCAGCCUCCAUCACUAGUCUCUCGAACGCCUGUUCCUCCUCUGACAAAAAGUCAUCACUUGUAUUAAACAGCGAGUCCCUACCUCCUACAACAGAUGGCCCCCUUGCAAACAACACAUUUAUAGAAGGGGAAGCAAAGUUGUCAUUGAGUGUACAAAAGGAAGACUUCACACUUUGCUCCCUGAGUGAAAUGAGCUUGGAGGACGAUGCCACUGAGAACGAAGGUGUCAGAUGCAACCUGAUGGAAGAGAUCAAGACACACCUGAAAGAAACUGUGACUUUCAACGUGCAGCAUGUCGUGGAGGAUUACUCCACGUAUGAGAAUGUGCUCUUCAACCCUGAUGGUUAUGACCACGUUAUCGAGAUCUACGAUUUCCCUGCUUUGCUUAAAACAGAGGACCUCUUGGAUGCCUUUGCCGAAUACAGUGAUGGUGGAAUGAAGAUCAUGUGGGUGGACAACACACACGCUUUGGGCAUUUUUGCCACUGAGACAGCAGCCAUCCAUGCCCUCUCCAUCUGCCACCCACUGAUGAAGGCCCGAACACUAGCCGAAGGGAGUAAAAAGGCCAAAGCGAAGGCCGUUAGACGAUUAGAGUUCAUCCAGCCGGUGAAGGAGCGUCCGAAGACGGACAGUGCUGUUGCUAGGCGAAUGGUCACCCGUGCCCUGGGCCUGAAUGGACGAAGGCAGUGGUUCAAAGAAAAAGAGUUGGCAAAUACAGGUGAACAAACUACAAAAAGUACGAAGUGACAUGUGAUAAAUAAGUAUGGUAUUUUAUUCAUUAAUCAAAGUUCAAAAGUGUUAUUUUUGAUUGAAUUGACUUAAACUGAGUGUCCUAAAUGCUUAUUCAUAAAAAUUAACAAUAUGUUUUACAUUGGCGUAAAAAAUAUACAGUAUAUGUCACAUAUUACCGUAACUUAAAUACUGUACACAUCACUGUCCUAAGAAGAGGAUACAUUUCCCCAAAAUAUUGUCAAUUGCUUUUUGAGAAACAUAAUUUUGUUACAAGAAAAGGGUAUACAGCAAGACUCCUGUAAUAUGAAGCCUUUCAAGAAUAAUACUGCAACGCCGGGGGUUCAACACAGCAACAGUAGAAACAGGGUAAUAACUAAAGUAUUUUUUGUGUGUGACUUGCUUUUUUACUGUUAAGUUCCUUGUUUUUUUGUUUUGUUUUGUUUUUUACUAAAUGUCGUAGACAAAUGACCUGUUUUAGAGUACUGAUACGCGUUUUUUUUAAGUUUGCCUUAUGAGAAAUGUGCCGUCAGUACCUUGCACUGUAAAAAAGAAAGCAUUUCAUGUUGUCUUGGGUUCUUUAUAUAUGCAGUAUAUAUUUUUUAAACGUUCAACGCUGUAUCUGUAAUCACAGAAACUGCUGUGCUUUUACUGUAUUAGACAAGAUGUCUGUCAUUUCAGUAAAAUCAGUUAAAAGCAAAUGAGCAAGGAAUAACUCACACCCUUAUAAAAAGGGAUUUUUUCACAUUAACAAGACGGCAACAAAAUAAUUUUCACUCAGACACUUUUGAGGCUUUGCCACAGUUCCUGACAGCAAUAAUUUAAUGGAAGAUGAGGGGAUUAUACACAGAUGAUGGACAGCAUUUGUAAACUGAAAACAAACAGUCAAUAAAUAAAACAUUUUGAAAGUCAAGUAUUUGAGAUUCAGAGUCCUUGGUAGAAGACACAAAUACUUUGAUUUGAGUAAAUUGCGUUUCAUGAAAUUCCUAUAACAAAAUAAUGGAAUUGUGUUCGAUUAUCUGAAAGCUGUUCAUGUAGAAUGUUAAUUAAAACCCCUCAAAUGUUGGAAACAGUAGGAGCAGUAUGAUGUUCAUUUGGCUUCUACUGACAUUAGGGAACAUCUAAACAUAAUGUUGCAACAAAAUGUUUUUUUCUUGUACUAAACAGGUGAAGGUUUCUUGUACUGACCACUCAAAGGUAACUGUUAGCACAACAUUCACAAACAUAUUUGGCAACAAUUUUUCCCUGAAAUGUUCAUCAAAAAGCACCAUUUUUAAAAUAUACAUUUUUACAAAAGCACCACAAAAUAAGAGCUCUACUGCAUGUGGUGUAUAGAUUGAAUAAUUUACGGGAUCAUUUUCCUCACAGUCACUUUGAAAAAAAUAUGUCUGCUUUUUACCUCUUUGUCAGCUUAUCAACAAUAAAAUAAGAUUUUGUAGACAUUUACGUCUAUACAACGCAUGCUGUAAAAGAGACUUUCUGUGAAUUUAAGAAUUUAAUACUACAUUAUGCACACUCAAAUGUCAUUAAAUGUGCCAUUUAUCCAUUUGCACUUGUACUCUAAGUCCCACGUUCUUAGCUAUAGCAUCCCUCUUCUCCUUUAGUGGUUGUGAGACACUCCUCUGUGCUUCAUUUGCAUCCUUCCAUAAGUCUGUCUACCUGUGCGAAAGUUGAUUGGUCAGCAAUCCAGGAAAUGAGUCGUCUGUUUCUGAGCUGCGCGAGCCACCUGUGGUUUCAGAAACGCCGAAAAUUAGCACACCAGUAUACAUAGUAGUUCAUUGUGCACAAAAUGACAUUUGUAAAGAAAAUUAACAGACACUAAAAACGUUUUGCUGAUUUCUUAAGAAAGAAAUGGGCAAGUUUUGACUUAUUUUCAAUCUACAGGUCUAGUUGCGUAAUUUUCGUACUGAAAUGUGCACCUCACUAUAAGCCGCCACCCACUAAAUUUGACUCAAAAAUGGAAUUUGUUCAUACAUAAGCCACACCGAACUAUAAGUCGCAGCUGUCCUCACUGUUUUUUUGGGAUAUGUCCACCAAAAGAUAUUAACCGGUAACACUUUAUUCGACAGUGGCAUCAUAAGACAUAAAAUUUUGUCACUAACUCCAUUUAUGUACAGCUCAGAUCUUUUACAUCCAUUCAAAAGUGAGAUAAUUUGCCGGUGACACUUAGUGACAUCUGUCAUAAGCAUUCAUUAAUGCUCAUGAUGAUGUCAUGUCAUAAUUAUGACUGUCUUAUCACGCCACUGUCAAAUAAAGUGUUACCUAAUAACCCAAAUAAAUAUACAAAUAAGCCGCACUGGACUAUAAGCAGCAGCAUUCAAAAUGAGGGGAAAAUGAACAGUAGUGGCUUAUAGUCUGAAAGUUACGGUGUAUAAAUUGCCUUUGAUAGCCUUUUUACCCACAAAUAAGGCCGCCAUGUAGUCACAUCACUUAGCCAGGGUGCUCCAGUGCGCUGGUUUAUUUUGUACAGUGGCACCUGUACCUACGAAGUUAAUUUGUUCCAGGACCUUGUUUGAAAAUUGAAAUGGUCGUAUGUCGAGCAGAAUUUUCUCAUAAAAAUACAUUAUAAUUCCAUUA